AUGGCCGCUCCAAGGGAUUUGGUAUCGUGGAGUUUGCCACCCCGGCAGAGGCGCAGGCUGCUGUGGAGGAGCUUUCUGGUACAGAGAUCCUGGGCCGCCAGAUCUUCGUGCGAGAGGAUCGCGAGUCGAGGCCGAGCGCACAGGCGGACCACAGGGCUUGGAGCUCCCAGCUACGAUUAUGGCCACUACGACGACUACUACGACAGCUAUGACUACGACUACGGCUAUGGCACAGGCGAGGCCUCCACCAAAGUCUUCGUGGGCAACCUGCCAUACACGGUCACAUGGCAGCAAUUGAAGGACCAGAUGCGCCAAGUGGGGGAGGUGAGGCACGUGGAGCUCUUCACAGAAGGUGGCGAUCCCUACGGCCGCUCCAAGGGCUGCGGGGUGGUGGAGUUUGCCAACUUCAACGCAGCCAGAAGAGCGAUAGACUACAUGCACGACACUAUGCUGCAAGGCCGGCUUCUGUACGUGCGCGAGUACUGGGAAGAGUUUGACUCGGGGCCCAAGCCAUCUCGACCGGCGCGGGAAAAGGUGCUGAAGCCUUCGGCGCCCAUGGGCGAGUUCAAAGUGACGGUUGGCAACCUGCCCGAGGGCUGCACCUGGAAGCAGCUCAAGGAUCACAUGAGGAAAGCAGGCCCUGUCGCUCAUGUGGCAUGCGAGCCGGAUGGUGCAACAGUUGCCUACGAGUCAGAGGAGGCUGCCCAGAGUGCGGUCGAUACCUUGAACGGCUCGAUCUUCCGGGGGCAUGCCCUCACCAUGGAGGUGGCCUGA